AUGGCUGGACUCCCACGCGAGGUGAUCAAGUGGCUCCAGUCGCUUGAUCUCUCUCUCGAGAUCAAGAAUCCCAAGCGGGACUUUGCAAAUGGGUAUCUCGUUGGCGAGAUUUUUUCGCGCUACUUCCCAGGCGAGAUACAUAUCCAUCGCUUCUACACAGGAGAUUCGAUGGGUCUGCGCGAGAACAACUGGUCCGAGCUGGCCAAGUUUUUCCAGAAACAGAGCAUCAAAAUACCGCAAGAGGCCAUGAACGCCGUGAUGACAUGCCAGCCCGAUGCCGCAGUUUUGUUCGUCAGGAACACGUUUGCUCUCCUGACGAACCGCCGGGUUCUUGGUGACAUUGAGCCUGAUGCCCAGCUGAUUAUCGAUGCCCAUCGUGAUUUCAGCAAGCAACUGAGAGAUAUCCGAUACGAAGCCAAGCUCAAGACGCCAAAACAGCAAGCAGAGCUCACACCUCAGCCUCGGGCCAACUACAUCGAGGUCCGGCAGAUUCACUGA